AGAAGAUACAAAUGUUCUGUCUGCCCCAAGAGGUUCACUAGACCAAGCUCAUUAGCCACACAUAUGCACAGUCAUACAGGAGAAAAACCAUAUGCAUGCGAAUUUAAAGACUGUGGCCGUCGAUUUUCUGUCGUAAGCAAUUUACGUAGACAUGCCAAGAUACAC